UAUAAAAUCGCGAUUUCACGAUGGAUAAUAUUUCGGAGCAACGCGUGUGUAAUAAAUUUUGUUUCAAAAUUGGGAAAAAUGCGACGGAAACUUUUGAAUUUAUAAAAUUGGCUUUUGGAGAUGAUGCACUAAGCCGUUGUGUUACUUUUAACUGGUUCAAACGAUUUAAAGAAGGUCGUAUAUCCAUUGAAGAUGACCGUCGUCCUGGGCGUCCAUCAACAUCAAAAACAAUUGAUACCAUUACUUUAGUUCGAGACAAAAUUAUAUACGACCGAAAAUUAACUGUCAGAGAAUUAGCCAAUGAAGUUGGCAUAUCAAUUGGUACUUGUCAUUCGAUUUUAUCAGAUGAAUUGGGUAUGAAAAGAGUGUCCGCAAAAUUAGUGCCAAAAUUGUUAACCGAGGAGCAAAUGGAACAUCGUGUUGAAGUGUGCUUGGAUCUAAUAAAUCGGGUUUCUAAUGACCUAAGUUUUAUAAAAUCAAUAAUUACGGGCGAUGAAACAUGGGUGUAUGGAUAUGAUCUUGAAACCAAAUUCCAAUCAUCGCAAUGGAAGACUGCAAAUUCGCCUCGUCCAAAAAAAUGUCGUCAGGUCAGACAGUAAAUCAAGUGUUCUAUAAACGAGUACUAGAAAGAUUAAGAGAGAAAGUACGCCGUAAAAGACCAGAAGCGUGGAAAUCAAAGCCGUGGUUUUUGCACCAUGAAAAUGCACCGGCGCAUUCUGCACUUUCCGUACGUGAAUUUUUGACAUCUAAAAAUAUUCCAGUGGUACCUCACCUACUAUAUACACCUGACUUAGCUCCCUGUGAUUUUUUUUUUGUUUCCGAGACUAAAAAGUACCCUCAAAGGCCACAGAUUUGAAGACGUUAACAAAACUAUUCAUAACGCGACACAAGAACUAAAUGCUAUAACUAUAGAAGAAAUUCAAAAGUGUUUCAAAAAGUGGCAAGAUCGUUGGGAGCACUGUAUUGAAGCUAAAGGACACUAUUUUGAAGGUGAUCCAUUUAAAUAAUUUGUAAGUUUGAAAUAUAAUUUUUAAUAAUUUUAG